AUGUCGGCCAUGGCGGCGGGCCGCCGCCUCCUCCAUCUUCUGCCGGGGCUGGAGCUAUGCCUGCGGUCCCGUGCGCUUACCCUCCUCUCCCCGUCGCGGGCAGAUGGGAUGGCUCGUUGCUGGCGCGAGCCUCCGCGCCGGAAGCUUGUGACCUGCCGGCAAGGUGCUUUCGAAGAGGGGAAUGCAGCGAGGGAUAAGGCUGUGCCGAUUCCAGAUGAACUGCUCGGCCAUUGCAAGGAUGCCAAUGGCAGGGCCCUAGACCUAGAGCCCAUUGGAAAGAACUCUGCCAAAGAGUCUGUGCAUUUUUCUUUCGAAGAGGAGGAGAGUGACGACGUGGUGUGCGAAAUUAGCGAAAGCUUGGUGCGAGAUGUGGAGAAGGCUGCAAUUGAAUUGCUUGCUGCCAGAGCUUUCACUGUUUCUGAGCUUAGGAAGAAACUACGAAGUAAGAAGUAUCCUUUUGAUACAAUUGAUGCUGUGAUCGCUAAUUUCAAGUCAAGGGGUUUGUUGAAUGAUGGUUUUUAUGCUGAAUCAUUUUCGCGAUCCCGGUGGCUAUCAUCAACAUGGGGUCCAAGGCGAAUAAAACAGGCACUUCGCCAAAAGGGUGUGCCAGAGGCAGAAGUAGAUCAGGCAACAAGAAGAGUGUUCCAGGAUGGUCACGGCCUUGGAAAAGAGGCAACGUUUGGCAUAUCCGAAGCUUCCAUGGAUCAUCUGUUUGCUCAGGCAUCCAAACAGUGGCAGCGCGGGCAAAGCUUGACCCUGGAGAAUCGCCGUGCGCGCAUUGUGAGGUGGCUUCAGUACCGGGGCUUCAACUGGGCUGUGACCAAUUCCAUUAUCAGGAGGCUGGAGGCUCAACGCCCACCCUGA